UACGUGUUUAUCAAUUUUCGUGCACUAGCUGUAUGCAUGUAUUGCGUAUACGGCCAACUCGACAGUACAUGAAUUUCGUGAAGACCGACUUAGCUUCGAUCCUCUGCAGUUCUUUUGGAAUUCGCUCUUCCAGCCAGUAGCCUAUAGUUGAUUCAACUUUCAAUUUACAAGUUCUGGGUUUUGAAGGGAAUCGUAAUAAUUUCACCAGUGACAAUGUCUCAACACAAGUCGAAGAGAGCGAAAACAGAGGAAAACCAGGGGGCAAACGAAUUCUUCCCAGGUAUCAACAAGAUUAAGUACAAACCUGAUGCCAAGCCAACCGAUUUACUCUGCUACAAACACUACAAUGCAGAUGAGGAGAUCCUCGGCAAGACCAUGGCAGAGUGGCUCAGGUUCUCGGUCUGUUACUGGCACACCUUCAGGGGUGUAGGUCUGGACCCCUUUGGAGGACCAACCAUAACUAGAGAGUGGGAUGACGAUAGUGAAAGCCUAGAGAAUGCCAAGAGGAGGCUGAGGGUAGCUUUUGAGUUCUUCACCAAGCUAGGCAUUAAAUACUGGUCGUUCCACGACAGAGAUGUUGCUCCAGAGGGCGCUACCAUAGAAGAAUCUAACCGCAAUCUCGAUGAGAUCGUUGAUCUAGCUCUGGAACUCCAGAACAAAACUGGAGUCAAGCUUCUAUGGAACACUUGUAACCUUUUCUCUCACAAAAGGUACAUGAAUGGAGGUGCGACAAACCCUGAUGCUCAUGUUGUAGCCUACGCAGCAGCAGCUGUGAAGAAAGGACUAGAGGUUGGCAAGAAACUGGGAGGAGUAAACUUUGUUUUCUGGGGAGGACGAGAGGGCUACCAGAGCCUGCUCAAUACUGACCUACAGGGGGAGCUCUCCCACAUGGCAAACUUCUUCAAGAUGGCCAUUAAGUACAAGAAUGAGAUUGGAUUCACUGGUCAGCUUUUAAUUGAACCCAAACCCAAAGAACCCACCAGGCACCAGUAUGAUUAUGAUGCAAUGACAGUGAUUGGUUUCUUGGAGCACUUUAAUCUACAGAAUGAUUUCAAAUUGAACAUCGAACCAAACCAUACCAUGUUAGCUGGACAUGCGUAUGAGCAUGACAUCGUUAUGGCUUCUGCUCUUCGUAUGCUUGGCUCGAUUGAUGCUAACACCGGAUCGCCUGACCUUGGCUGGGAUACCGAUCAGUUCCCCAUGGAUAUCAGAGGAGCUACGGCUAUCUGCAAGUGCAUCAUUGACCAGGGUGGGGUGGCACCUGGUGGUCUCAACUUUGAUGCCAAGGUCCGACGAGAGUCCACAGACUUAGCGGACAUGUUCUACGCUCACAUCGGGGCCAUGGAUUCCUUUGCCAGGGGUCUACGCAAUGCUGCCAAGAUCAUCUCUGAGGGGCACCUCCAAAAGAUGGUAGAGGAUCGUUAUUCCAGCUUCACCCAUGGUAUUGGACUGAAAAUAGCAGAAGGCACGGCUACCCUCCAGGAAUGCGAGGCAUUCAUCAAGAAAGCUGGAGAGCCUGCCGUCACCUCUGGCCAACAGGAGAAAUACGAGUCACUUGUUAACCGUUACGUUUAAAUAUAAACCUACCUCUUCUUAUUCAGGGAAAAUGGUGUCUUAUCGUAUUAACAAAAUUUGGUUGAUUUCAUAAGCCAUCCAGGACCCUGCAUGUCCCAUAAUGAAUUUUGAUUGAUUGUAUUUCACCCAAUAUUAAUUGUAUGCUAAAUUAUAACUAUUCAGUAAUUGAUAACUUGCAAUUAAUAUGAGACACUUGUCAACCGUUACAUUUAGAUAUAAAACUAGUUCUUCAUAUUCAGGGAAAAGGUGUUUUAUUGUAAGAAAAUUUGGUUGAUGUCGUAAACC